AUUCGAACGGUUGACACUGUGCGUGAGUCCUUGGACUGAAAAGUGAUUUAUCAAAACGAACGAAAUUACGUUAUUUUUCAUAAAAAAUUCUUUGCCACAUCGCAUCAGUUAAACAAUCCCUGACGGCAAGCACGGCGGUAGUGUUAUAUUUUUUCGUAAAGCCAUUAAUCCAAAAUAUUCGUACCUUGGAGUGAAUUUAUACAUUUUUUUAUAUUUAUAUGGUACAAGUGAAAACCCGGACGAAAGACCAUUAAAUUUGAAAUAAAAUUUAAAGGAUACCACAUUUGAAGACCCUGGAAGCGGUUUACCAUACAUUCUUAUACAAAUAUAGAAAAGGGUUCGUUUCCUUGAUCGUACGUUAAAAAAAAAGAAGAACCAGAACCAAAGAGCAUCUUAAAACCGAAGACCGAAGAAACUUUAUUUGAAGGGCUUUUUGUGUGAAGAGAGGAAAUAUUUCAAGUGAAAAGGAAUCUAAAAGCACAGAGCUAUAUAAAUUUGUGCAUAUAUAAAAUGCCAGGACCCUGUCAACGCUUGAGGUUACCUUCUUUGGCAACUGUCAUAAGAACAUCUAGAGUCGAUUAUACAACAAGUAAUCUUAUCCGCAAGGAGCAUAGGCGUGUGGUUGUAAUGGGAUCAGCAAGGGUCGGAAAAACCUGUAUCAUAUCGCAGUUCCUGUAUGAUAAAUACAUAACACGCUACCGACAAACCGUCGAGGAACUCCAUAGGGGUGAUUAUAAUCUGCCGGAUGGCUCGUCUCUAACAUUGGAUAUUCUUGAUACGUCCGGAGCAUUUGAGUUUCCUGCCAUGAGAACACUUUCAAUCUCGACCGCUGGCGCUUUUAUAUUGGUUUUUGCGAUUGAUGAUCAAAUGUCAUGGAAUGAAGUUGAGCGUCUAAGAAAAGAGAUUACUGACGCCAGAGGCUACAAAGUUCCAAUUGUAGUCGUUGGAAACAAAACAGACCUUGAAGAAAGCGAACGAAAACUUCAAAGAGAAACAAUUGAGGCAAUUGUUAGAGAAGACUGGAAGUCUGGAUAUAUUGAGUGUUCUGCAAAAGACAAUACGGGCAUUGUUGAAGUUUUCAAAGAGCUAUUGGUGCAAGCUAACAUUCGGUAUAAUUUAAGUCCAGCUGUUCGAAGAAGGCGUCAGUCCUUGCCAUCGUAUUCGUCACAUAAUAGUAAAUCGGUUUCAAAUAAAUUCUCAUUUAAACGUCACUCUUGUACAGUGACAUAAUUUUAUUAUUUAUUAAUAUUUUAUUUUUAUUGUCUUGGAAUGAAAUGUGUGAAUAUAAAAUAAUUAAUAUAAUUAUUAUUAAAAAUCAAAAACAAAAUACAACAAAACAAGUUCAUUGUUUCGGGAACUUUUUUAAUAGAUAUGUAUAUUUUUUAUUGAAGGGCAUUUUUAAUGUUUCAUGCAGGUGAUAUUUUUGUAUUUGAU